UUAUUUCACUCGCUACCUCAGACGAACAGAAAAUAUGAAUGAACCAUAUGAUAUACUGGAUUUGCUAACAAUCACAAACCCUAAUUCACCAAUCUUACAUUUCUACACACACAAUGUGGAGAUUCAAAACCCUAAUUCUAAUCCUCUGGUCAUUAUUCACACCCAUCGUUCAAUCAAUGCGAUUUGAACUCCACUCGGGGAACACCAAAUGUAUAACAGAGGAUAUCAAGAACAAUGCCAUGACCGUUGGCAAGUACAGCGUCGUAAACCCUAUUGAGGGCCAUCCUAUGCCCGACACGCACAAGAUCACAGUCAGGGUCACAUCACCACACGGAAACAAUUAUCACUAUGGGGAUCAUGUGGAUUCUGGUACCUUUGCAUUUACCGCGGCUGAGGCUGGUGAUUAUAUGACUUGUUUUUGGACGCCUGAUCACAAGCCGAUGAUUAUUGUCUCGGUUGAUUUUGAAUGGAAAUCAGGUGUUGCUGCGAAGGAUUGGUCAAAGGUUGCUAAGAAAGGACAGAUCGAAGUCAUGGAACUUGAGUUACAGAAAUUGUAUUACACUGUGUCCUCCAUUCAUGAUGAGAUGUUCUUUCUUCGUGAAAGGGAGGAAGAAAUGCAACAACUGAAUAGAGCAACCAAUUCCAAGAUGUUCACUUUUACUUUCUUUUCUAUUCUGGUUGUCUUGUCAGUGGCCGGUCUGCAACUAUGGUAUUUGAAGACAUUCUUCGAGAGGAAGAAGCUCCUCUAGCUUUGCUAAGUGUUUUUUACAUUUCCUUUUCACACCUCGAGUUCUUUUGUUUUGUAGUAACAUAAUUAUAUUUUCAUUUUCAUUUAAAGACUAUUUUUUACUGACCCUUGUAUCGCUUGGUUUUCGAUCAGUAAUAGAAAAAGUAGAUGCUGAAGAUGGUUCUUGAAAAUUCGUCCUCCUGUAGAGGUUGUUGCAACCACUGACAAUAUGAAUUACGGCAUGAAUGAAUGUUAUAUUGAUUUCAGAGCUAUUAUCCUUAUGUAUGGUAAUUGCCAAGUGCCUUGAGAACAUCGUAAACGUUU